ACAGUAUUCCAUCUCAGCGUUACAUACCGUCACAUACACACCGUAUUGCACAGAAUACACAGUAACCCGCCAGCAACAAACAUGGCGGCCGCGGCUUCUCGCUGAUGACGUAGUCAGCCUGCGCCGGUUGCCGUGCUCCCGGUAUCCAGGGAUGUCGGCUGUGAAGCUGCCGCCGCACGAUGGGCCGGUGCUGUCGGUGGUGGACAUGCACACGGGGGGCGAGCCGGUGCGGAUCGUGCUGAGCGGGGCCCCGGUGCCGGAGGGCGGUAGCCUGCUGGAGAGGAGGCGCUGGCUGCGGGACGAGGCGGACUGGCUGCGGCGGCUGCUCCUCCUGGAGCCCCGGGGACACCGCGACAUGUACGGCGUGCUGCCGGUACCGAGCGAGGAGCCCGGGGCCCACCUGGGGGCCAUCUUCAUGCACAACCAGGGCUACAGCACCAUGUGCGGGCACGCCGUCAUCGCCCUGGGCCGCUUCGCUGUGGAUUAUGGGAUAGUACAGAGGGCCCCUGAGGGCCCCGAGACCCCCGUGAGGAUCCACUGCCCCUGCGGGCCGGUCCAGGCCUAUGUGAGAACCAGCGGGGGCCGGAGCGGGGCCGUCCGGUUCCAUAGUGUGCCAGCAUUCACCCUGGCUACAGAUGUUUCUGUUGAAGUUCCUGGAUAUGGGAAGGUAGUAGUGGACAUUGCAUAUGGCGGUGCAUUUUAUGCGUUUGUUAGUGCAGAAAGAUUUGGUCUGGAUGUUUGCACUUCGAAGACCAGAGAUCUUGUAGAUGUGGCCGCGGCAGUGACAGCCUCUGUAAAAGAGCAGGUUAAACUGGCCCACCCUGAGAAUGACGAGCUGGCCUUUCUCUAUGGCACAAUACUGACUGAUGGCAAUGAUGGUUACAGUGAACAGCCGACAGCCAAUAUCUGUGUAUUUGCAGAUUCCCAGGUUGAUCGUAGCCCUACUGGUUCGGGAGUGACUGCUCGUAUUGCUUUACAAUACCACAAGGGUUUAAUACAGCUGGAUCAAACACGCUCUUUCAGAAGUGGCGCCACGGACUCCGUGUUCACCGGAAAAGCCGUUAAGGAAACCACGUGUGGCAAUUUAAAAGCUGUAAUUGUAGAAGUGUCUGGCCAGGCUUUCUAUACCGGUGCGUCAAGCUUUGUUCUUGAAAAUGAAGACACGCUAAAAAAUGGAUUUCUUCUAAAAUAACAUUUUUCUAUAGCAGAGCUCCAAAGAUGUUUUUCUUACUCCAACCCAUCUCCAUUUAAACAUUGCUUAUACGUUGGGUUGAUGAUAUUUUUAUCUGUAGUUAUCCGUUCUUUGCUUUAAAUAUACAAAUUUCAUAAAAUACAUGUAAUGUGCUUUACCUGUGUUCCCUCUUUAGGUUAGGCUUUUCUUUUUUAUAGAGUGCAUUUUAACCCAUACAGUGAUGGAAAAGCCAAGUGAAGAUCGCUUGUACAUUAAAGUCAUGCUGGCUGGUCUCUUGUGAUGAGCCAAAGACAUAGAUAUAUUGUUGUUUUUUUCCUUGUACUUAUUUAGGAGCUUUUUCUUGGGUUUUGUCUGAGGUACUGCAUUCGAAAUGGUUUUUAUAUUCCAUUUCUAAAUGUGUAUAAAAGUAUCCUGCUGGAAGUUUUGCAUAAAACAAUGGAGAACAUUAAUACUCAAAUAAAACUUUGGAAACUGUU